CAACACAGUCAGUUCUCUUACCAAUACUACGGUUUUGGGGGAAUACGUGAGGGGGUGAGACAUCUGGAGGCGAUUUGGGGAAUCGAGGGCGAGGGCUGACAUAACCAAACAUUGUUAGAAGAGGUGAACAUCUGAGUGAUUGUAGAAAGGCUCGGAGGAUGGCGGGACCACUCCCAACUGGUAUCGUAUCACACGCGAGAAGGGUGUGCAGUCUUUACAAACGUGCAUAUCGUAACCUCGAGUCCUGGUAUUCAAUGUUAGAGGAUUUUAGGUACGAGGCAGUCCUACUACGAGCUCGUUUCGAUGCAAAUAAAGACAUAAAAGAUCUUCGAAAGGGAAAGGAACUGUUAAAUGCAGGUGAAGAAGAACUAUGGAGUUGCAUGCAUCCUGCCCCGAUGUACUUUGCUGGAUCACCAGGUGGCUGUGCUUACGACCGAGGCGGAGUAUCCCCAGAUUGGGUUCUGGAUCAUUGGCAUCCAACCGAGAAAGCUAUGUAUCCAAAGUACUUUGCAUUACGAGAAAAACGUAAAUUGGAGUACAUCGAAUUCUAUAAGAAGCAGUACCCGAACGCACCCACCGAGUUCCACCUCGAUCAUUAAGUCGGAACACUCGAUUUCGCACUAAUUAAUGUAAAAAAUGUAGUAAUACGAAGUUCCUUCGAAUCAUUAUUAUUAAAAAAUUAUACAUAUUAAUACAGAA